CUCUGAGGAACGUGUUGGUAAUAAUAGCUGAAGUCGUGUUAAAAACUGACCAUGGGUUGCGGGAGCUCAAGAAUUAUAGUGGUGGAACCUACAAAAACGGGAAGCCUCAACACCACAAAUGAGAUUGAAACGGUGCAUGGGAGUCCUCGUGGCGAUUCAGCUAUCUCUAAAAACACAACAGACAGUGGAGUUGAUCUGGAUACAGCAGAGAUCACUGUUCCUCCCAAGACGGUUCCUAGGAUUCUCCCACCACUGCAAGCUCAAAGUCCAAGGCAGUCUCAUGAGAGCCAGAGAGUAGAGUCAAGUGUGAUUCUGGAGCAACUGCUGAGUCAGGGCAUCAUUCCUGCUCAAAGCAAAGUGGCAAGCAAUGGAGAAGCAUACAACAUCAUGCUGGCUGACGGAGAGGUACAGAGGAAGAGGCCGCCACCUCGCCUAGAGUCACUGAAGAUCCGUAAAGAACAAGAGGUCACUAGAAAGGAAGACAUUGAUGAGAAGAUGAGACAAGUAGAGGAAAGAAGGAAGAUACGGGAGGAAGAGCUGAAAAACAGAUUGAGGGCUAAAUCUGCACGUCCUCAUGGAGCUGUCUUGUCUUCUCCUCCGUCUUCACAUAUCCCAACCACAGCCAAAGAUCAUGACAUGGACAGCAGUGGAGAAGAAGCAGGCGAAUGUGCAAGCGAAUGACUUCAUCCUUUAACCUGGGCCUUAUCCACCCUCUGUCUGGGCCACUACUCUAAUGCUGGACCAGCACAACUUAUUCCUAUCCAGAUUUUAUUUAGUACGAUAGAGCCGUAUAAAUUAAGUAUACAUACGGUAUAAACUGGGAUUUAACCAAACAUACAGUUUUGCACUUGCACUUUAUAAUACUCUAGUUAGUAUUUAACACUGGGCAUGGGUCAAUUCAACACACAAAACAAAUAGACAUAUACAUGUGUUUUGUCAGUUGCCAUUAAGUACCGAGCUUAAAGGAAUUCUCCACGUUGUUGUUCUCUCUCUUUCUCAUCACAUGUAGUGUAUGUGAGAUUACCACAGAUGAUAUUCUCAACAUGAUUCCCUGUAACAAGAAAAGAAAACACUUCCUGUUUGAUCAGAAUUCAGAAAUAAAUAAGUCUUAGGGCAGUUGUUAAGGCAGUCAAGGAACUGAUAUAAAACAAAUAAGUGUGGCCACAAAUACAGUCAGAUGUCACUGAGGCUCAGUUCUGGAAAGAAACCAAAAAAAAUUGCAAAUAGACCUGUUUCGUCCCAAGACGUUUACUGUUAAACUGUAAUGUUAAACUGCACACGGUCCUCUAUUCUAAAUAAGUUUCUAGUAAGCAGACAUUUUGUUGUUUUUUGAGUUCAGGGAAAUUUAUUUAAAUUCUUAUUCACUGUAAUAUACAACAGCCGAUUUAGGGUGAUAUUCUUUUAAACGUAAAUUUGACGUAUAUUAUUUACUCUCUUUACUUUAAAUGGUAUAUUAUAAUAUACUACUUUUCAAAAUGGAGCCAAAUAGAUGAAUAGGUAGGAAUGACAUUAGUUAUCUGAAAGUAAAUAAACGUCAUAGCAGUUGCCAAGAAUGUUUUUGCACCUACUAAUUCCCACUACUUGCCUUACUGGCUAUAUGUUAUAUCUCUCUCUUCU